AUGCUAAUAAGGUCUUUUAUUCUAAUAGCUUUCGUGAGCUCUUUAAAUCUUCGCAAAAACUUAGGGAGUCUUUAUUUAACAGAAGGUGAGCCAUAUGAUCUUCUUUUAUCAGACUACUUUUCUGGAGACAACUUAUCGUUUUCAAUAGCAGACACCAACAUGACUAAUAACUCUGCAAAAAUAGAAAAUCAAUGCGAUUUUCAUCAUUUAUCUACGACUCCCUAUGAAAAGCUAGAGAAAUCUUGGCCCUCUUGGAAUGCUCAGCCUUUUAUAAUGUGGCAAGAUAUCAAGGUUCAAGUUAUUGUGGGAUUCAACCAAAAUUAUUUAGCUGCUUAUAAAUUUUCGGCGUUAACAGAAGAAUCAAAGCUUAUUUGAAGUACAACUCUAAGUACAGAGCACAAAAAUUCUCAAAUUCAAGCAAUUGCGCCACUGAGAGCUAAUUAUGGCGUCAAUUAUCUGGCUGUAUUAAUAAAACAGCAAGAAAGCAAUGGUUUAUGAAGAAAUGAUAUAUAUAUGAUUAAAGUGCAGGAUGGCUAUAUUUUCCACGACCCUGAAAAAUUAAAUUUAAAUGAAAUUGCCUACGCUUCAAAAAUUGUAAUGGGGCAUGGAAAUAUGCAUAAGUAUUUUCCCAUCUAUUGCGAAUUUCAUAAAAUUUCAAGCAUUCCUAAUGUUUUAAAUAUUUAUGAAAUAAGUAAUUUUCAUGAACCUAUUUUAGUGCAAUCUAUUUCAAAUUAUGAGAAAAUAGCAUCUAUGAGCAGUUCUCUUUCUAUAAGAAGUAUCUUAACAGCUACUCAGCAUAUGUACAUUUUAGAUUCAAAUUAUGGUGUUAUUUCUUUUUAUAUAACCUGGCCAUUAGAAACUUUUGAAGAAGAAUUAAACAUAAAUUUAAGUUAUUUCGGAGAACUCUAUUCAAUGGAAUUUACAGAUUUAUGAAAAAUGAUAAUAAAGGCUAGCUCAGGAAUCGUAGUAAUUGAAAGAUUUGGAGGAAAGCUAGGAAUAAGAAGAUUUUGGAAAAAUCAAGAAAAAGGCAUGUGAAUCCAGGGAUAUGAAUGCCAUAACUACUAUUUCCUUCAAUCAUCAAGUGGAAUAUUGUCGAUAUUUUCCAUAUCUAAAGAAAAUCAAUUCGAAGCUACUUAUAAAAUUAAUUUGAAGAGUUUAGAUAAUCAUGGUGAUAGAAAUAUCCCACGCAUAUUUUGUGAUAGAGAAAAAAACUCAUAUUACUUCCAAAGAUUUGGAGAAGAGGGACUUAAAGCUUAUAGUAUUAAUUUAAAAGAAUGAAAGCUAAGAAUUUUAGGAGACUUAUUUUAUGUGAAGGUUACAGCAAAAGACGAUGACAGCCACGAAAUAUCAGAUAUUUUAAACGUCAUUUCAAUUCCAAAAAAUUCUGAUAAGAUUUUUGCACUAGAAAAGGGGCGACUAAAAGUGCCUGAGCCGAUAGAUUUACAAAUAUAUGAAAAAAACUCAAUAAUAUUAUUCUCUCCCUCCACUUAUUUUUCAGGACCAAACCUUACAUGUGAGUUUAUUUUCCCAUAUUCUGAAAAAUUCAAAUAUGAAAUUUCUAAUCUAACCAGAAUAGAAUUAGGGAAAAGCAUAACCUCUCCUGAUGGUCUUCGAAAUUUUCUAGUUGCUGAAUUUUAUCUUAUAUUAAUAAGUUUAUAACGUUUAGCAUGCGCUACGGGGUAGCCAUUUCCAGAGCUGCCACCAUAUUUGUCCACGUGUCGGACCCAUGGAGCUCUGGAUCGAUCCACUUUGUUGCGCCAGGGCACGGGCAUAUACGACGUUCACGCUUCUACGGGCUGCGUUGCCUUGCCUUCCUUUCUUGACUCAGCUCCUGCGAGUGUUCUGCCUAAGUUCACCUUCCUCGGAUGUGCUGAGAGGUAAAACUUUGAGCCUCUUGAAGUACUUUGAGCAGUGCCUCGGCUUAUCUGCCAGAGUUAAACUGCUAUUGCUGUACAGAAGUUCUCAGAAGAAAACCUAACCCCAUAAAUAAAAUUGCUUGAGGGAGAGUAAAUUAUCAGAGUUAAUUUCGCUCAAACCUAAUGCCAUUUUAUUUAUCCUAGUUGCUGAAUUAAUAUUUUAUUAUUUUUAUGAUAAUAAAGUUGAGUUAGAAGAUAUCAACUAUUUCAGAACUACUCUAAGUAUAACAAACCCAAUAAGAAUGUUGGAAAGUGGUGGAAAUUAUGUGAUUUAUUCAAAUCCAAGUGAAAAUAUAUUUCUUAUAUCAACCCUUUUAUCUGAAGGUCGAACGCUGAAUUUAUUAGAAGAAAUGGAAUCAGAGAUUGAUUGCAUGCUUUUUGAUUUCCAUAAUAACUGAUUACUAUGUGGAAAUAGCGAAAAAAUUAAUAUUUAUAGUUGGAGUGGGCUUUGAAAAAAUAUAUUUUCUUUAACUGAGAUUAUGGAUCAAAUUAAUUUUAAGUUAGAAAUUGCUGAUGCUUUUCUUAGCAAUAAUAAUGGCUUUAUUAAUAUACUUGACAGAAAUUUUGGAGCAUUUGUUAUCAAUAUGUUUGAGAGGCAAAUUAAAUUCGCAUUAAGAACGAAAGGAAUAUUUAAAAUUUUGAUACUAGAAGAAAGAAAAAUGGGACUUAUUUAUGAAGACAAAGCUGAAAUUUAUAAUUCUCUUUUUCAACUUGAAAAAACUAUAUUGUUUAAAGCAGUGGGGCCACUUACAAAUGCUUUUGUAGAACAUUCCAUUAUUUUUAUACAAAUAGGCACAAUUUUUUAUGUAUACAAUCCAAGUCUAUUGUGACAUGAUGCAUUAGUCUAUUCAUUUGAAAUCCAAAACCCAGGGAUCAUUUCUUGUGGACGAAAUAGUUGAAAUGAGUUAUUGAUUGCCAAUUAUAAUCCAGAAGCAAAACUUAUUGAAAUAUACAAGAGCCCAUUUCCAAGUAAAAAUGUUUUUCCUCCUGCUUAUGAAAUUAGCAUAAUUGCUGAUGACAUUGAUACUUUACAAAGCUCAAGCUAUAAUGAAAGUUUUUCAGUAAUUGCAUAUAAUGCUCAUGACAAAAUGGAAGCCAAUUUUUCAUUAUUGUUGCACGUUGAUGGGAACUUCCCAUGAAUAGAAAAUGACAAAUUAGUUCUUCAUGAAAAUCUACCUUAUACUAAUAGAUUUGAGGUAGAUUUAAGCGACUCAUUUUAUGGACAAUAUUUGAAUAUGAGUUUGAAUAUCAAUGGAAUUAAUAUUCAUAAUCAAACAUCAGAAAUUUUACCAGCUUUCGUACCGAAAAGAGUAGAAGUUGUAGGAGAAUAUGAAGCAAAAAAUAACUGAAUGAAAGACCAUAUUAUUCUUCCCCACACAGAAAUAGCUUUGAUAGCCAGUAAUAAUGGUUUUCUUUUUGUGAACUCAACAAGCUUUAACAAUGAAGAAAAAUUUUUGAAUAUUUCUGAGCAUACUAACCUCAAAAGUUUGACUUGCUCUUUAGUCGAAUCCUUUCCGCAUACAAUUAAAAAUUUGGCAUUAAUAGUUACAUCUUGCACUUAUCAGACUGCAAGUGAUCAUCUUUUUGUUAAAACAGUGAGAGAAUUUGCUCUCAAAAAUGCACUUAUUUUGUGGGAAAUCGAUUUUAUUAGCUUAAAAAUUACAAAUUAUAGCUUAUUAAAUAUUGCUGCGGGACCAUGAUACUUUAAAAUUGCCCCACUUGCUGAACUUGACUUUGAGCUAAUGGUUGUCAUGGGUGAUAAUAAGGUAUUUGAUUAUAAUGAUAUUUUACGAUUUAGAGGGAAAUGAAUUGAAAAUCUCAUAACCAUUCAGCUUUUAGAAACUAUAAAUUUCUUUUCAUUAGAUAUUCCAUCGUUUUCGCCUGUGUCACUUGACUACAAGGUAAAAAAUUCUCAAACUUCUUACUGAUAUCUAGCAGACAAAAAAUAUGGAAUUAGAGUUUUAGAAACUAAUAAUAACCAAAGAAGCCGUUUGGUAGGAGAGCUUCCAUAUCUAAAUAUUCAUAGCAAUUUCAUAGCAUUUGGUAUUUGUGGAGAUAUUUUAUAUCUUUCUUCAUUUAUGUCAGCAAUAUUGUCUUAUAAGAUAAAAGACUACAUUUAUUUUGAAAAAGACUCUGAUUAUAAUAUUUUGAAAUGAUCAGAAGGUGCCUAUAUUGGAGCACAUAGUCCUAUUAUAUGUUCAAUGGAUAAUCGAUAUUUUGUAGCCCACACAUUCGAUUCAAAAUCCUUAUUUCUAACUAUUUUUGAUACAAAAUCUCAAAGCAAUUCGAAUCUCUACCCUAACUUUUAUCUCUCUCUUCCUUAUCUCGCUCCAGAGAUACUAAAGACAAGGUUUAUCACUGAAAAUGAAAUUUCUGCAAUUUUUUAUUCUAGUUUUACAUAUAGAAGACUCAAGAUAAAUCAAAAUUCUAUAAUAUUUCCUAAUAUGAACAUAAAUGAGUAUAAUGAAAUGAUAAGUGAAUGGGGAACUGAGAAUUUUAGCAUUACAAUUACUGCAGAAAAUAUGAACAAUGUUGUUAAUUCUUCGACCAUUUAUUUUACACGUGAGAUAGAUUCAGAGACUUUAGCUCAAAGCAAUUUUACCGAUUGGCUGGUAAGAUUUUUAAUUCUUAUUGCAAUUCUAGCUGUUUUCGCAGCAAGCGUAAACUUUGCUAAAAGAAUUGGGUCAAAGCAUAAAAUAGUUCAAGCAUACUUUGAUGAAAAAGCAUUGAGUGGCAUAAAUAAGAAUUAA